AUGUUGGAUCCAGUCGAUUAUCGAUGCAUUCAUUGCUUGGCUAAAAUGAAAGAGAUUGUUACGCGUGAAUCAAAGACGCCAGGGCUUAUUUCUUGUCCCAAAUGUACGAAGUUGAGGAAAAAGCCGAUUUCUGGUGAUCAUUAUUUCGAAUACCCCGAUUUAAUCAUCAUCCUCGAUCUUCUGGCGAUGAACAAAAAGACAUUCAAUCACCUCGUUUUCAAUAAAAAAUUGGGGAAACGGCCCCUUCAAUUGGGUCUACUGGGCAUUCUUUGUGAUGCAUUUCGACGCUGGGCGAUGUCUGAUCAAUGGACAAUGGAUAGUUUUACGUUUAACAAUCUACAGGACGUUUAUCGAACGCAACUGGAUUUUUAUGAGUACGCGUUUCUUGCACUUAACGCUCAUUUAGUUAGUUUUCUGUCCCUUGUUCCCUUCGCUUUGACGUACAUGUCCUCACAACUGGCCUCAUUUUCCCGUGCGUUUCUCCUUGCCUUAUCUAUCAAGAUCGCCUUCAUUCCCCUACUCAUCUGGACGCCGCGCAACAUUUUCUACCUGCCAUGCGGGCUCGCCUUUGUCAUCAGCUUCUGUUUCCAGGCGAUGCAGAUUACCUCUCUUCUUCAAAUUUCCGAAAAGAAACAUUCGGCAAGAGUCUUUCUUUUCGCCGUAGCCAACUGCAUGAUUUCUACUUUUCUUCAGUUCUAUUUGUAUCUACCUAAUCAAAACUCAUUCGAACUGUAG